GGAAGGAGCAGUUUCAAGAAAAAGACCCCAUCCCUCAAAUUUGUGAAGCUGGCCCUGGUUAGAGAAGCCACGUGAUCUGAGAAGCCUCGGCGGGCCGUUGGAAAAUCGCGCUGCAGCUCAAAGCCACGCUGGAAAACGUCACUAAUCUCCGGCCUGUGGGGGAGGACUUCCGGUGGUACCUAAAGAUGAAAUGUGGCAACUGUGGUGAGAUUUCAGAGAAGUGGCAAUACAUUCGGCUGAUGGACAGUGUGGCACUAAAGGGAGGCCGAGGCAGCGCUUCCAUGGUCCAGAAGUGCAAGCUGUGCGCGAGGGAAAACUCCAUUGAGAUUUUGAGCAGCUCCAUCAGAUCUUAUAAUACUGAAGACAAUGAGAAGUUCAAGACGAUAGUAGAGUUUGAGUGUCGGGGCCUUGAACCAGUUGACUUCCAGCCACAGGCUGGGUUUGCUGCUGAGGGUGUGGAAUCGGGGACAGUCUUCGGUGACAUUAAUCUGCAGGAGAAGGACUGGACUGACUAUGAUGAAAAGGCUCAGGAGUCUGUGGGAAUUUAUGAGGUCGCCCACCAGUUUGUGAAGUGCUGACCUCUCCACCUUCACACUUGCCUCUAAGAACUGAGAAGGGACGAUGCGCCCCACACAGCAGAGCCCACCGAGGCUGGUACCCUCAUCCCUCGACUCCUGGCAGCUGUCCAAGCCCUCACCGUCUGCAUGCAGGGCUGUGUCACAGCGUCCCAAGCCCCACCAAUAAAGCCCGUUUGUGCUGUACUCAUGCAUGAAGGUGGCGUCAGGGAGCAGCCACUCCCUCCACAAAUAAGAAUUCAUGUUGGAUGUC